AUGGCGGCCGAUCUGGAUACCAGCAAAAUUAAAAACUGGCGAUCAAUUAUUACUUUGAUUGUUUUUGUCAUCACUAAUAUUAUCGUGCUUUUCCCUUUUCAUAUUCCAUUCUAUCUACCCCGAUGGCUCGUCAACGCAAUCGCAGAUGGCCUAGCAGCCAUGCGCAUAAUACCUCGACGAAAACCUCAAUAUGACCGCAAGAUAUUCGUCAGAUUCGACUUCCCGUUGAACUUCAUCACGGCACCCUUAAUAGCUGACCUAUUCCUAUUGGCGAUUUUGGCCAUUGGCAGGCAAGAAGUACACGAUGGGACACUGGGUGCAGAUAACAUUUCCCCAAUUGAUAUUAUGGCAUUCUUCCUCACGCUCGCCUAUAUUGCCAUCUCCAUUGAUGCGUCAGGUUUGAUUCGAUACUUGGCCUUCAAAGUACUCCAAAAAAGCGGUGAUUUGGGUCAUAGACUCUUCUUCUACCUCUACGCUUUCUUUUUCGGACUCGGUACCUUUAUCGGAAACGAUCCUAUCAUCCUGUCUGGUACGGCAUUUCUCGCCUAUAUGACUCGAGUUUCUAGCAAUAUUGUCCAUCCCAGAGCCUGGAUCCAUGCCCAGUUUGCCGUUGCCAAUAUCGCGUCCGCGGUCCUCGUUUCCUCCAAUCCAACCAACCUUGUGCUCGCGGGUGCGUUCGAAAUCAAAUUCAUCGUGUACACCGCGAACAUGAUCGUGCCGGUCGUCAUCACGGCCAUUGUUCUUUUUCCUUUCUUGCUUUAUAUCCUCUUUGCAGAUGUGUCACUCAUCCCAGUGUCCAUCGAGAUGCACGAGCUCUCUCAAGCAGCAAAAGAACGAAAGCCGGUAAAUCCCAAUAUUCCCCAUGCGCGAGGUGCAGCAGAGGAGGAAGAGGAAGUGAACAAUGAGAACGGGAAGCUUCUUUCUCUGGAAGAAAUCAUGAACCCAUUUUUGGAUAAAGGAGGUGCUGCUUUCGGAGCCGUGAUCAUGGCUACCACCCUCAUCACUCUGCUUGCGCUCAACGCUGCCAGCAAUUCUGGCCAUGAGCACCCUGUUUACUGGGUUACAUUGCCCGCGGCUUUUGUGAUGUUUUGUUGGGAUCUCGUAUGUGGUUGGAUACACCGACAUGAUACACGCGAAAUAGCCAAGAAAGGUAGACGGGAGAUUGAAAUUGUGAGGGCGGAGCGAGAAAGGCUACAGUCGCUGCAGAAUUCUCCAGAACACGCAGCUUUAGAGGGACCUGGCCCCGAAAACUUGGAAAAUGAAUCUCAAAUCCAAGCUAAAGAAGAUGCGGUAUCUAUUGGUGCCACAGACGCGAGCCUCGGCACAAAAAUCGCUCAUCAGGACUUUCAGACUGCACUGUCUACCUCGGUGCUGACGGAGAAGGAGCACUUUCCGGACAUUUCAUCACCUGAUAUCGUUGUCCGCGAUACCCAGGUAUCAGCCCUCUCGUCAUCUACAGACCCACUGGAUGUGCCCCCUGCUAUGGAUGCAGAGAAAUGUGGGGACCUUGACAAGCCCACCAAGCAAGAACACGCCACAUUGGUUUCAAUGGCGGCCGAUACCUAUCGUUGGAUGCAGGAGACAUUCCCAACCGUGACGGUAGUAGUCUCGCACAUGCCGUUCCCACUCGUCCCAUUCGCACUAUCAAUGUUCGUUCUCGUGCAAGCGCUCGUAACCAAGGGCUGGGUUCCAGUGUUUGCUUACGGAUGGGAUCACUGGGUGAGCAAAACCGGUACAGUAGGAGCGGUAGGAGGAAUGGGUUUCCUAUCCGUGAUUUUAUGCAACCCCCAAGUCAAACGAGUCCAUGCUAAUAAAUUGUGUGCCGGAUAUCAGUUUGCCGGUACAAACAUCGGAACCACCAUUCUCCUCUCUCGAGUCAUCCAGUCCUGGCAGGAAAUUCACAAACUGAACGGACUCCCGAUCAGCGACCGCACAUUUUGGGCUACCAUAUAUAGCAUGGCCCUCGGCGUCAACUAUGGUGCCUUCAGCACGGCAUUCAGUGCCUCGUUGGCUGGUCUACUGUGGCGGGAUAUCUUGGCGAGGAAACAUAUCCGCGUCGGCAGCCUUGAGUUUGCACGUGUCAAUCUUCCCAUUAUUGCCAUUGCGAUGGUUGUUGGAUGUACAGUUCUGGUUGGUGAGGUCUAUAUUGUCCGUGGUACCGGGCCUUAUGACGCAUGA